AUAAAUGCAACUCAAGCAUGCAACUCCUGGGUUAUCUGAAAGUAACUACUGAGUUUUCCUCAGCCUUUAUUUUUAUACUUGACUUGAUGUUAAUGAAGAGAGGAUGGCACUCCUGAAAAUUAAGUGAUCGUCAUCCUACAAUGUAAUUUCAAAGACUAAAAGCCAACCUAGCAUAAUGUGGAGGCUGCAGAUUCCUCCAUAGCUUGUGGACGCCCAUAUGAGAGAAGCCCCACAGGGCCUUAGAUCUAUGCGUGUUUCAGGGCUGCAAGUGCUUCCCAAAUCCCAGGAACAUCCACCUCCUCCAGGCCUCCUAAGACACUUACUCCAGCUGUUCCCAGAGCCACUGUGUCAGUUAAACAAAACAGGCAUGGACAGUGGAAGCCCUCAGUACGGCACCCUGGCUGAUUGGCUUCAGUCAGACGUGUUUAUCGUGUUCGUGGUGGUUAUGGUUCUGCUCGGCUUGGUUCUGACGGCAGUCUGCUGGGUCUGGCGGCGCCAGAGACGAUCCAGACAGUCCACUUUACAGAGGCUGACAGAGAUUGAGAUCUACCCAGUAGUGGAUGGUUCAGUUGGGGAGGCGCAGCAGCAAAAGUUCUCCCUUAAGAUCCGGACUGACCAGAGGCAUGCUUCGGAGCUGGUGGGCAUCCUGGCAGAUCACAUACGGCCCACUGGGUCGCACGCAACAGGUGAAAUGUCUACAGGUGUGUCAGCGUCCAAAGCCACCCUAAACCCAACAGUGACACCCACACAGCCACUGGAAACACAGGUUAAAAAAGAGAAUAUAGGUGUGGCUGUCAUAACAUCAAAGACCACCAUUCCUGGAGUUUUCAUCCCCCAGGACUACAAUAGCUCCAGUGACAGCAAUGAUGAUCAAAAUGAUAAUGAUGACUGUAAUGAUGAAAGUGAGAGUGAUUGAUAUAAAUAAA